CUGCCUCCCAUCUCCGCAAACAUUUCUGCGACAACCACCUUUGGGGCCGCGCACAGCUUGCGACGCCGCCUUCGCUCCGCCUGUCAAGCAGCUACGCAUAUACGGUAGGCGACGCCCAGCUUCCCUCUUUUUGACCGCGGUGGGGCUGCCAACCCUCCCGCAACCUAACCCGCAGUCCCGCUCCGCUCCGACGCCUCGAGCGGAGCGCGCAAUACAAUACCCGCAACAGUCCCAGGUCGGCUGUUGGGCCUCUCCCGCCUACCGACAUCCUCGCGCCCGUGGAUGGUCUGCAGUCUCGCGCCAGUGCUGGUGCUGUCGGCGUUGUAGCCUCGUGGGGUGUUGGCGAGCUCGGAGGACGUCACCAUGGCCGCAGACCCAAAGGCCGCCCCGCUCGCCGACGAGCUGAAGGAGUUCGCUCUCACGCUUGAUGCGAGCGGCUUCCCCAAGAAUUUCUUCUGUGCCCUAUGCAACCGGCUUGCUUUCGACCCGUACAAGCUCCUGUGCUGCAACAAGGCGAUAUGCCCAACUUGUCAAAGCACUCUCGAGUUUCCCACUACCUGCCCGUCAUGCGAGCACACGCCUCUCGAGACCGACUCGUGCACCCCGAACAAGUCACUUAGAAAUACCAUGCGCGUUUGGCUGCAGAAGCAGAAGAAGAAGGAAGAGGCCAAGGCUGUGUCCCAGGCCGCAACUCCCGCGCCGUCCGAGGUGCAGCCCACUGGCGAUGCUGCAGAGAAGUCAGCAGAGGGCCUAGAGGGUGCUCCCAAAUCUGAGGAUGCCCCCGCGGACGAGGUGGUAGCUGCUGCGGACGAUGCUGGCCAAGCGCUCCUGCGUGCGGGCUCCACCGCGUCACAGCCGAACGAGGACUCCGCCUCAUUAGAGAAUAAGGAGCGCCCACACGAGGUCGACCAUGCGGCGCAAGACGGCCAGGCCGCCGAAUCCGCUUCGCAGGUUGAUGGCUCAAACAAUGCCCAGAAUAUGGAUGGCUAUGGUGCUGGCAUGUACGGCAACCACAACAUGAUGAAUCCCAACGGCAUGCCUGGCCAGUCUGGCUACGGCAUCAGUCCCAACCAAGGCAACUUUAAUGGGAUGGGCAUCAACGGCAUGGCGGCCAUGAACGGCAUGCCCAUGAUGAAUCGCGGCUGGAACUUGAACCCCAUGGACUACAACAUGAGCAACAUGAACGGCAUGUCCGCUGUGUCCAACGGCAUGUCCGCUAUGUCCAACGGCAUGUCCGCUAUGUCCAACGGCAUGUACGGCGGGUACAAUGGUAACAUGGGCAUAGGCAUGAACGACAUGUCCGCCAUGAACCUGAACUAUGGAGGCAGAUAUGGAAACGGAUGGAGUGGAAUGGGCAGCGGGGGCUAUGGAAGCUACAACGGAUACAAUUCCGUGGGUGGAUAUAAUCAAUCUGGAUCAUAUCCCGAGAUGAUGCCCCAGAGCAAUUUCCCACACAAUCGAUUCCGUAAUGGAGGAGCGUAUACUCAGCCCCGCACCAACAGGAACGGCAGCUUCGGGAGUUACGGCCCAGGAUACGGAUUCCAGCGGAACGGCAACAGCCGUCCUGGAAGCCGCAGUGGGCCGCCGUACAACCGUGACGGUGAGUCGCCUGUUGGAACCGCUUCUGCUGCCCCUGACGCCAAGGUCGAAGACCAACAAGCGACUCAGGCUGAAGGCGAGCAAGUAGAGGCUUCCACAGAGCCCACACUGGAAGGUAAGGAUGACACGAACCCUCCGGAGUCCAUGUCGCCGAACGCGCAGGCCGAGGGCGAGUCCUUCGACCACGCGACGAAAGGGCUGGACGAUUUGACUCAUACAGAAAACGGAACAAACGAUGUGUCUGCGGCUCUGAACCCCAUCCAAACGAUUGAGUCCGUGGAGACAGAAGCACAGGGUUAUGACCAAUUGGCCACGGAUGAUGGCAUGCAUUACGAUCCAGAAAUGAAUCAUUUUGCUCAACAGUCAUACAUGAGCGGCGACUAUGAUCAGAACAUGAGUUACCAUCAUAACAACUUCGGGCACCGUGGGGGCUUCAAUGGUGCAUAUGGAGCAGCUACCGUGCUCACCGGCGAACCUGAGCCGCGAGGGCUUGGUGUCGAAGGUGCUCCGACAGGUCCACGAGCGAUGCGGGAGGGUCGGCCAAAUACUGGUUUCUCUAGUCGAGCUAAUAACGCUCGCUACGGGCCACCUUCUGGUGUGUCACCAGCCCAGCCGGCUCCGUCCGCUAGUCCAACGCGGAGGCUCCGAUCAAGGUCUCCUCAGCGAGACGAGAGCUUGCGCGUAAAGGAGCGGUCACCGGAGCGGUCGCGUUCACAGUCGCGAGAUAGAGACGAAGCUCGGGACGACUACCGCGAGGACCAACGUGAAGACCGUGGCCGGUCCAAGACGCCAGAGACCGAGGAUGAGUAUGAACGCCGCAAAGAGCGACGUCAUCAUCGCUCAUCUCGAUAUGAUGACCGCGAGGGGAAGGAUCAGCGAGUCGAUUAUGAUGACCGGUACGACCGAGAGGAUCGAGGUGACCGAACGCGGAGUGCAUCAGCAGAGUCCAAGCACCGUAGCCGCCGCGACAAGGAGAAGCACCGCUCCUCGCGUUCACACCGCGACCGUAGCCGGGAGCAUCGUCGCCGUCAUAGGUCACGGUCGCCCAUUCAAGAAGACAAGUACGAGGACGAAGACUCAUAUGUCAAUGGGACCGAGGAGUCUACCUCGCGACGUAAGAGCAGGAGCGACAAAGACAAACAUCGCGAUCGAGACAAGCGAGAUCGCAAAGAGCGGGAUUAUGACCGAGACUAUGACUACGAGCGAGAGAAGGAUCGGUCUCGUGAUAAAGAUAAAGAGAGGCGUCGUCGUCGUGAGCGCGAAGCCGAAGACGAUGAGCGAGAGUACGAAGACGAGAAGUACCGCUCCCGCCGCAGCCGGAAGGAGCGUGACCGAGAGCGAGAUCGCGACCGCGAUUAUGAGAAGGAACCCUCCUCGGCUACCUCUAAUCGACCCAUCUCGCCACCCCUUAACGCGCCUACUGGCCCUUCCGCAGACAACUUCUCUAUCCGCGGCGUCAGUAAAGCUCAAAAGGCCGUGAAAGGCAUGCCUCCGCCGCAGCCACCCACCGGACCCCGCGCGUUCCAGCCGCCGAAGGGGCCGGCUGCUGACCGUGAUAGAGAGCAUGGACGGAAGGGAAGCGUGAGCUCCUCCAUCCAGUCGACUCCUACCACACCCAUUCCACAGGACCACUACGCCGCAGAGCGUGAAAAGAACGCUCGCGAGCGCGAUCGCCUGGACAGGGACAACCGCGAUACCUCGGUCAAGAAUAUCCAUUCGCGCACGACCCACCAGCACGGUUCUCGUCCCUCGCUGUCCAGCAAGCGCUCCCGGGAUGAAUUCGAGUCGUCCGCCUCAGCUACACCCCGCGAGCCUGAGAUCAAGGGUGCGCCUACGGGCCCCUCUAUGCACCGGGACAAGCGCCGAAAGAGCGGUGGCGAUGGAGAUGCGAACGACAUCGCCAGCAAGCUGACGCAGGGAUUGCGAAAGCGAGCUGGUGCUGCGCGGAGGGGAGGCGUCAAGACGGAGGGUGAUGCGGAGCGGGAGCUCGAGAGAGUUGAGCGGGAGCGCGAUGGUCGACGGUGGUAAGUUUGUCUGAUCACUUGGGGCUGUCACUGCCGCUGCACUCUGCCACUGCCAUUUUGUCUUUUUGACCGCUGUUGGGUUUGGAGAUGAUUGUGGGAGGUGGUUUGGCUCUUGCGAUGUUGACCAACCGACUUUUGGAAGGAAGAUGUUGCUGGCACGGUGGUAUGGCUUGGAGAGAUGGGACUUACUUGCAUUCGACAAAAAGGUGGACUUGCUUGAGAAGGAGGACUUGCUUUGAGAGGACGGCACUUGCUUCGACAAAACGGUGGACUGGACUGGUUUUGAGGUGGUCUUUUCGGCUCGGCGUUGAGCAGAGCUUUCAUGCAUCGCCAUGGCAUGGUAUGGGAUGGGCGGCUUUUUGUCUGCUGCACUCUUUGGCAUUGGGGCCUUCGGGCUGGCAUUGCUGGCUUUGGCACACGGGGCUGGGACUCUCAUUACUUGACUGUACUAUAUACCCCUCCCCCUAUAAUGGCGCCUGCUGUGCGCAUAUGUAUCUUCGAG